AUCCUCGUUUUUCCGUUAUAAAUUGAUGCAAUUGUUUACGAUUGAAUUAUGAAAUUCGAGUAACGAGUGUGGAUGAGUGUCAUAUGUCAUACUUGUCAACAAUACGUCAUAUGUCAUACUUGUCAACAGUCCCAUGCGGUUGUAAACAUUAUAUAAAGCUAAGUGAUUGUUAAUUAAUCUCGUUAACAAUAGCUGCACAAACUGCUAAUUUUAUUUUUUAUAGUAUAAAUUAUAACUGAUUAAAAAAAAAAAUAUAAGGAAAAUUUAUUAAGAAUGAGAAGAGUAAUUGUCAGUGAUGAAAGUAAUUAUGGACAUCAACAAUAAUAAACGUCACGCGCCAAUUAUUUUAGUACGCUAAUGAAACGUUCACGCACGAGUUUAUGAAUGAACUGAAAUCAUACGUACGUAUACUUGCACGUACAUCUCGCGUGUUAUCUGACGAGCUCGUAGAUAAAAGUGGUGAUUACUCAUCGUUAUAGUCGCCUUAGUCAUUGGUUGAACGUUCACGUUUCGCCUCGUGUUCUUUAUUUAUCUGCAUUCGGUCGUCUGUUGUGAUUCGUAUAACAAUAUCAAAAUGGUGAGAUUGCGUGAAUUACAUCAGGUCAGAGAGAGUUUACCAUUGCGUGGUCAAUUUGCGAGUAAUACGAGUAUAGAUCGAUUUUCUGAGCGUAGUCUCCACGGCAUUAAUUCGAACGAGCGAACAUGUAGGAAUAUGUGCAAUGAUUGUAUGGCUAGAGUGCCGUACGCAACUCUCAUAGCAACUAUAAUGUGUUGCCUAGGAGUUGGAAUCUUCUGCGGUACCAUGUAUAGAGGUGCGACAUUGUGUGCUCUUAUGAUGGAUCAGGUGUUUCAUCUGCAUCUCGGAUGGUUGGAAGCAGUGCAGUUGGUGUUCGCGUCAAUUGGAGCUUGCAUGGCAGCUUUAGGAUUUAUGAUUUUGUGCGUCGGUUGCCUAGCAACUGGUGCUACAAGGCACAAAGUCUACCGAGCCUGGAGAUCCAGAGUGGGUGGACGUAUCUCCUGUGCUGUUUUUAUGACUAUCAUUUAUAUCUUGCAAAUAGCUUGGCUUCUGAUAUUUGCAUUCCUUAUUAUCGUCACGCUGAUAUUCACUAUAUUCUGGGGCCUGUGUAGCAAUCCACGUGUUCAAUCUCUUGAUGAGUGCAUUAAUUUUACUCAAUUCAGCUUUCUAUUUCCAAACAACACACGGAUACAGGAUAUGCAAGUGUGCGGACCUCAGGAGGUCAAACUAUUCUGCAAAGAUUUUGUGGAAAAGGCUGAGGUGAUGUUCAUCUUGGCGACUGCAGCGUCCAUGCUGGUUAUUCUAAGCCUAGUACACUAUCUGAUGUGCUUAUCUGCGAAUUAUGCGCACAUUCGAGAUCACGAGAAGUUCCAGGAAUUGCAGGAACUGCAAUAUCUGCAGGACGCGAUCGAUCCGGAUUCUCCUCAACCGGGAAUGGGUACCCUGGGUUCUCAUCGUGGCAAAGAUAGGUUCUAGGACACGGCCCGCGAGAUCUUCGUCAUGAAUCCUUUGUAAGGGAUUUAUAGUUCACUGGAACACAGUGAAACCCUUACGCCCGAUUGGAAAUCUCUUCCAGGUAUCACUUCCUCUUCUCUAUGUACCUAAAUUCGGUAUACUGUUCAUUGCGGCGUGUCUGUCGCCGUUACGAUAGUUUACUGAUUCGAGGAUCUUGCGGGAAUCAACUCUAUGCCGUCCAUUUUAUCUGCGACUCGUAUAUAAACAUUUACUUCGUUUUAUAUAAAAAAAAAAUGUUUAUUAGAAUACGUACCGAUUUAUAGUACGUAAUAUUUUCCUUAGCAUGGAUUGCUCGAUUCAAAUCGAGAUCAUUCGCCGAGUUUCUUCGAUCUAGGAUGUAAAUUAUACGUUUACGAUGAUAUCAAUUCGUAAACUCGUACUCAUAGGAAAAAGUAUUUGAAAUCUGACCUGUGGAUGCUUGAAAUGCAGGUGAUUAUAGCGCACAGAGAUUUUUUUUUUCUUUGAUUAUAUUAUAUUUUGUUUCGAUGU